UAUUUUAUUUCACUCCCACCCCAACUACAAGAGCAGUACAUAAAGAAGACCAAUUAACAGAUCGAGUGCCGUAUACUGAACACAACCACGGGUUUCUUUUCUCACCAAGUACAGAUAGAAGAAGUACAAGUGUCCCAGGAAUUUUUCACUCUAAGAAUCGGACAUUUGAAGUGCUCGUUCAAAAAUGGCUGUAUUUUCUAAUAUGUUUGAGGAGAACAUUCGUGAUUAUAUUAACACUAUUGAUGACUUGAGGUCAAUGGGUAUAGAUAAAGACUUUUCUCUCCCCACCAUUGCUGUGAUUGGAGACCAGAGCUCAGGGAAAAGUUCUAUCCUGGAGAUGCUGUCUGACGUGGCCCUUCCCCGAGGCAAAGGCAUUGUGACAAGAUGCCCUCUGGAGUUGAAGAUGAAGAAGGUUGCAGGCAAUAAACCUUGGAAAGGACAAAUACGUUAUAGAGAGUAUGUCAAAACACUGGAUCGUGCAAUUCAGGUGGAAGAUGAAAUUCUUCAAGCCCAGGACAUGAUGACUGAAAACACACCCAUAAGUUCCGAACUCAUCAGUUUAACAGUUGAAUCGAACAAUGCUCCGGAUCUAACACUAAUUGAUUUGCCUGGAAUUGCCAGGGUUCCUGUUGGGAAUCAACCUCAAGAUAUUGGGAAAAUGACCAAAAAACUCAUCAAAAGCUAUAUUCAAAGAAAGGAAACCAUCAUUUUGGUUGUCAUCCCUUGCACCAUGGACAUUGUAACCUCUGAAGCUUUGAAGAUGGCACAUGAGUUUGAUCCAGAAGGAGAAAGGACACUGGGUGUUUUAACAAAACCAGACUUGAUUGACAAAGGUACAGAAGAAGAUAUUAUCAAAAUCCUUGAGAAUAAAGUUGUCCCUCUGAAGAAGGGUUACAUUCUUGUCAAGUGUCGUGGGCAGAAUGAACUGAAUGCAAAUACAACAAUGUCCGCUGCAUUGGAGGAAGAAAUCACAUUUUUACAGAACAGCUCAACUUUCCGGCCACUGCUGGACAAAGGCAUUGCAUCCUUUGAACAUCUGUCUGAAAAACUCACCAGUGAACUCAUUCAUAAAAUCAUGACCUGGCUGCCAAUCAUGGAGGAAGCUCUUCGGGAGAAAGUCAUUCAAGUCAAAGAUAAAUUACAUGAACUCGGUGGCAAUAUUCCACAGGAAGCUGGGGCGAGAAAAUGUUUCCUGAACAAUAAAAUUCUGAGCUACUGUGAAGAAAUCAAUACUUUAAUUAUGGGAGAUUACAAAAAGGACUAUGACAAUGAGAAGAAGAUAUGUGACGUUUCUCGCAGGGUAUUUUCAGAGUGGUACAACAAGCUAGAGAUUGAGAAAGCUAAACUUAAUGAAGAAGCUCUCUCAAAGGUCAGGUUCCAUGAUAUAAACUCUCAAGGGAGAGAGUUGCCUGGAUUCACAAAAUACCGAGUAUUUGAAUCUGUUAUUCGAGAACAGAUCGGCAAGUUACUGGGGCCCUCUCUCCAAAUGGUGAAAGAACUGGCAGAUAAAACCCAGCAAGUGUUUAACGCAAUGGGAGUCGAACAUUUUAUGCUUUUUCCAAACCUAAUACAAGCAACCAAGGAGUUAAUUGCUGAAAUCCGACACAAGCAGGAACAGGAUGCAGAACAGAUGUUGAGGAUGCAUUUCAACAUGGAGGGCAUGGUCUAUGCACCAGAUGCGAUGUAUUGCUCCAAACUGACAGAGAUUCUAUCAAAACCUGAGAAAGGCAGUCAGAGGGAGCUCAGCUCACCAACACAUAAUUCAAGCCAUGAAAUGGCAGCUCAUUUACAAGCCUAUUAUCAAAUUGCCAUCGAUCGAUUGGUUCAAAUGGUACCCUUGGUUUCCAGAUAUCAUCUUUUGCAAGAAUUUGCACAUUGUCUCAAGUUGCAGAUGACUCAAAAAUUUCUCAAUGAAGCAGAUUCUGAAGGCCUGCUGGUUGAGCGUCCCGAGAUUACAAACAAACGGAAAAGAUUCACCAAUUCCCUGAAGCAGUUGGACCAAGCAAGGGCUCUUUUGAUGUCUAAAUAAAUCAACAAAAUUCAGUGACAUGGGAACCUCUUUUAUCUUGAAGGUUUUCCUUACCUUUAACCCCUUUCCAUUCUCACCAUUGACUCCUCAUUGGGUUCCACUUUACUAGCACCAAUCAUAGGCCCUUUCAUAAAUGAUAGAUUGACACUGAGUGGAAGGUGGAUUCUGAGAGGGAGUGGGAUGCCUUGAUUUGCCUCCCAUACUGCUUGUGAUGCUUGGGGCAAUUGCAUCCACUGGCACACACUGGUCAGUAAGUGCAAUUCAUCUGCAAUCAAGCAAACUACACCAAAAGGUUGUAGAACAUUGAGUCCAAAUUUCAGUCAAUGUAAGUCAUGUACCCAUUACUUUUUCACUUGUUUAAAGAAACACAAACCAGUGCUGCCAACAGGGCUAGUGACUAAUUAGUGAGUAAUUCCCUGGAUGCUGCCUGACCUGCUGCGCUGUUCCAGCAACACAUUUUCAGCUAGUGACUAAUUAAUCACAAUUAUGAGAUUCCACCAUUUGUUUUCAUUUUCAGACCUUUAAGGAAACUCUUAAUAUUCAGUUGUUUUCUUUUUCUGGGUGAAACAAGUUUAAUGGCAUGUUUUUUUUUAAAAAUGACUUCCUUUUGCAUUCACUAGUAAACUGAGUAUUGAACACCAAAAUAACGGCAAAUUGUUCUGUAAGGGUUUCUCAAGUCACUUCAAUGAUUUGAAAUUUUUCUUUUUGUGAUAAUUAAACUGCACCAGGUUACUGCUAUAAACGACACUAGGGGAUAAUUUUAAAACAAUCUUUAAAUGCUGCUGAUUGUACUGCUUCAGGGCAUGUUAUAUGUACAAUGGGAUACAAAUGAGAUAGAAACUCAUGAAGAUCCUUUCCCAAGACCAGCACAGCUCUUUGGCCAUCAUUUCUGCCCAAAAAACUGAUGACUGCACCCAAAGCUGAAACUUGAGUGUUCACAUCCGUGUACUAAAGGAUUAGAAUAACAACUGUUAUCAUGGAAUUGUAAUACUAUGCAGAAACCACUUCUGUCAUGGUAAUGACCUCCCUCCAGAUUUAUUGCUUUGAUUUCAAUCUUCACACAGACUAAGCUCCUGAUAGUAAGGUGAUGUAUUAUCCAAUGCCAUACCCCUAUACAGCAAAGAUUGAAUUUCAAAAGUCCUUCAUAGUCUAUGAAAUAUUUUGGGACAUUUGAGAUCAAGAAGGUGCUGCACGAAUGUAAACUUUCCUUUCUGGUUUUCUUUGUUUUUUGAGAUUAGAAUUUACCGAAUUGACUUAGAAUUGAUUGGCAAUUUGUGCAAUGGGUGAACUCAUACUAAUAUAGGUUAAAUGAUCAAUAGUUCAAUUUAAUAAAACUGGAAAGCUUACUUUAAUGUAAGCAAUAUGUUGAUGUAAAAUUGAGAAUCAAUGAUAUAUCAGCUUACAAUUGCAAUAGAAUAACGGACAAUGAUGCAACUCGUGUCUACUUGAAUUUUGUAUUAUUCAUGAAUCAUUUCUAGUCACUGUAUUCAGGAUCAUUUUAAGGAAUAAGAGAAGACAUUUGGACCUGGACAGUUAGCUACCACCAACUGGGUUUAGUCAGUUCUUCAGACUUUGUGCAAUGGUUAAGGUUAUCACUUUCCCACAAGUCAAAAAAGCAGAAAACAUGGCAACAAGGCUUGAGCUCUCACAUCUGUUUUGGUGACUUCAAAAAUACAUUCAGUUUUAGCAGCUAAUGCACGUGCACAAAAUAGGAGGAUGAUGGGAUUAUUAGAUUUCUUGUUUCAGAGUGAAACUUCUGUUGCAGAGUUUGCAUUUAAAAAAUUCUGUCUACUGCACAGAGAUGCUGUUCUGUAUAAGUGUUGGCAGCAUAACCAUCUUUUCCCAUCUCCCUUCUAUGUUUCAUCUGGUCUUUCUUAAAUGCAUCACUCCUGAGUAAAGGAAGUUCUUCCAAAUUCCCCACUUAACAUUUUGUUGACUUACCUUAAAUGGAUGGCCACUAGUUUUGGUCAACUACAAAUAUCUUAAUGUUUAUUUUAUUAGAGCUUUCCCUAAUUUUAAAGGCCUCAGUGUUUUCAAGAAGCCAAGAGACCCAGUACAUUUACCUUGUUCGUAUUACCCUCCCUCCCCUCCAUGCCUCACCCCCCAUUUGUGGCACCAACCUACACAAUUUAUUGUUUCUAAUAUGAAAGCAGUUAUAUGGGAAGGAACAUAGGAAGCAGAGUAGGCUAUUCAGCCCCUUAAGCCUGUUCUGCCAGUCAAUGAGGUAAUGGCUGAUCUGUGGCCUAACUCCACACAUCUGCCUUUGUACAAUGUCCUUUAAUAUCUUGACAAAGAAAAAAUCUAUGUCAGGUUUAAAACUGAUUGCUUUCCUGUUCUGGCACUUAGAAUAAAACAUGCAUAUCUUAGCAGCGACAAGCAACUUACCAUUUGUUGGUCUGACUACUUGAGUUGGAAAUAAUCCUCAAGGUGUCACCCAAUACAUCCAUAAAAUGUAAAGUGUGCUGGGUAUUCAUAAGCUAAUCGGACAAUACCAGACUUCCUGCAACCUACCAAUCGCAAUUGAUUCAUAGGCAAAUAAAAUUAUUUGUUUGAUUUG